CAAAAAACCCGAACAGACCCUUGCAAAAACAUUUUCAGACAAUUUCUCUUUUCAGCUUUACACCGAGACUCUGUUUUCUGUGCUUAAAGGUGUGAUAUUGAGAGGAUGGAGGACACGUUUCUACACGCGUUUGUCGUUGUCGUCAGUCUGCUGCUCUCAAAGGAUCACAAUGUCUUCCAUGACCAAGAUGACGGCAUCACGGUGAGCAUGCAAGAACAUGAGCUUGUUCUUCUGGAGGAGGGAGCAAAGCUGGAACAAGGGGAGCAUGCCGUUUCCAAUGAACUGCCAGAUUCAAAUCAGGAAGUGCCACAAAAUCAUCACAGGAUGCCAAGAAGAGAGGGGGACACGUCAGAUGUCCAACAAAUUACGCCAAAUGUCAAGACCACAGUGCUGCACGAGGAGCAAAUGUCCCCAGUGGGAGAGCAAAACGACUUCCGCCAAAAGGCGUUUGCACCAGAUGACCAGGAAAUAUUGGAUAUUGACAAAGGCAAAUGGACAUUACAUAUGCCAAAGGAAGGCCUAACACAAGAAAAAGUCAAUGUGGAUGAGUCAGGGUCUACUGUGGACCAGAAUGUCUCUCAGGGGGAUCCGACACAGCCGGAAAAGCCACAAAGCGACCAGAUUGACACCCAUCGUGAUCAGGGUUUAUUCAUCAACCAAAAAACACCAACUUCAAGCCAAAGGUUGACAAUGAUAACUCAAGAGGUCAUUGACAAUGAUAACUCGAAACAAUCUAGUGAUCAAGAGGACAACUUAAGCUGGUACUUUUGGAAGACACUCUCCUUGAUUUCAUUUUUUCGUAUUUUGAAAAGUUUCCUGAAAAAGGGCUCCAUCCUGCAAAGGAAGACGCAACAAUGCCUGAGCAUCUUCUCCGUAGCGUCUAAUAUUGAUAACGAGACUUUAACUUGCUUCCAUUACCAGUGUGUCCUGGUUACACCCAGUCACAGAUGGCAAACUUGUGAGUUUGUAGAGGGUUUUGUGAACGACCUUCUGGAAACUGUGAGAAAUAUGAGCACUGCAGGUUCAGACAUGGAGAUUGCGGACUUUGUUGGCGUUGGCAGCUUAUACGAACAAUGGGCUUCAAAGAAGAGCAUCGUGUGCGACAUACACAUACCCAUCAUCCCACCAAAGCUGUAUAGCUUCGAGUUUGAGCUUUUGAAAGAAAGUAGAGGUUCUUCAACCAACCAGUACUGUUGUAAAGUCAAGAUGGUCAAAGACAGUGCCAGUUCAAUCUGCCCUUGCAACAAUUCCAACCUAGAUGACGAUGAUAUGUUGUGCCUUUUACAUCCAGAUAACAAAAAAGGGGAUCAUGUGGCUGAACGUUACAUUAAUGACCUUCUAUGCCAAGAGAACAGCUCAUAUCUUGCAAAAACACAUGUUGUGAAGUGGUUUAAAACAGCUAUUAGGAAAGCAUGGAAAGAGAUCAGCCACAAAUAUGAGGUUGAGCUAAUAUUCCAGAAUUGGGAAAACCCUGGAAGUCUCAAAGUUCGGUUCAGGUCAGGACGGGUCAUCCUGUUCAGCCUCACUCCCGUGGUCAGGUUUAAAGACUCAGACGUACAUCUGAUCUCCUAUCUUUCCUCUGACACAUUUUCUGAUACCCAUUGGCCCAUGUGUUUUGCACGCUACGAAAACGCCCUUCUUCAGCAUGUGACCAAAACUCUUCCAGACAAUGCGUGCCAUAUUUAUUGUCUACAGAUCCUUUCCUUCCUACACAAACACCAAACUGCCCUGACUGGACCAUGUGGGCUAACAAGCUACCACUUGAAGAAUGCACUCCUGCAUCUUCUUGUCAACAAACCCUCAUCUUGGGAGCCUGAGCAGAUGGUUUUGAGGCUAAAUGAUCUGCUGACUUUCCUCCAACAGAAAAUCGAAGCUAAAGUGUUUGACCACGCUCUGGUUGGGAACCCUCGAAUUCCUACUGAAAUUGGAUUUCCCGAAGAGUUUAGAGCAGGAAAGCCUAUUAACUUGUUUCUACCUUUAUUAAACAAUGACUUGUACUCAAAAACCAACAGACACUUACUGGAGAUGAUUAGAAACAUGCCAAUGCUGAUACAUGAAUAUGGAUCAGUAAGAAAUGUUCUGUAAAAGCACCAUUUAAUUUGAGAGUGUAUGUGCCAAA